AUGCCUUUGCAAUCAAAUCCGACCUGGCCAUCAGUGACACCAGCAUCGGAUUGCAAUGCAGAGAAAGCACUGAUAAGCUGGGAAACGGCACCAGUGGGAGCACUACAAGCAGUAGCAGGAGCUCUUGUGACAGGAGCACAAGGAUUUGAAGAAGAGGCAGCUGAAGAAGCAGCGGCAGAAGAUACACCAGCUGAAGAAGCAGCAGCAGCUGACGACGAGGCGGCAGCUGAAGAAGCAGCGACAGACGAAGCAGAGGCAGCUGAAGAAGCAGCACUGGAGACCGAUGCAGAGCAAGAAGCAGCUGAAGAAGCAGCCGAAGAUGCCGAAGCAGCGCAAGAGGCAGGAACGGUAGCUUGGGCAGUAGCGACUUGGCCAUCAGUGACACCAGCAUCGGAUUGCAAUGCAGAGAAAGCACUGAUAAGCUGGGAAACGGCACCAGUGGGAGCGCCACAAGAUGUAGGAGGAGCCGUAGUGGGAGCGGCACAAGGGUUAGAUACAGGAGCUGAAGACACACCAGCAGAAGAAGCAGCGGGAGAUGAGGAGGGGGUAGCUGAAGAAGCGACGGCGGCAGAUGAAGCAGCAGCGCUAGAGGCAGCGGCUGAAGAAGCGGCAGCUGAAGAAGCAGCGGCAGAUGAAGCAGCGGCAGAGGAGGAAGCAGCACUAGAAACAGAUGCAGAGCAAGAAGCAGCUGAAGAAGCAGCCGAAGAGGCCGAAGCAGCGCAAGAAGCAGGAACGGUAGCUUGGGCAGUAGCGACCUGGCCAUCAGUGACACCAGCAUCGGAUUGCAAUGCAGAGAAAGCACUGAUAAGCUGGGAAACGGCACCAGUAGGAGCGCCACAAGAUGUAGGAGGAGCCGUAGUGGGAGCGGCACAAGGGUUAGAUACAGGAGCAGAGGAUACAGCAGCCGAAGAAGCGGCAGGAGAUGAAGAGGGGGCAGCUGAAGAAGCGGCAGGAGAUGAAGAGGGGGCAGCUGAAGAAGCAGCGACAGAUGAAGCAGCAGCGACAGAUGAAGCAGCAGCUGAAGAAGCAGCGGCAGAUGAAGCAACAGCUGAAGAAGCAGCGACAGAGGAAGCAACAGCUGAAGAAGCAGCGGCAGAGGAAGCAGCAACUGAAGAAGCAGCGGCAGAGGAGGAAGCAGCAGAAGAAGCAGCAGCAGAUGAAGCAGCAGCAGAGGAAGAAGCAGCACUGGAAACGGAAGCAGAGCAUGAGGCAGCUGAAGAAGCAGCCGACGAUGCCGAAGCAGCACAAGAAGCUGGGACGGUAGCUUGGGCUGUAGGAGCCGAUGUACUGUAA